UAUCUUAAUAAUAUAUUAAAACUAAAUAUCUUUAGUUAUAAUAUGCAAAACUUUUAUUCUCUAUUCACUGUUAAAAACGACAUUGGAAGAUUGUUAAAAACAACAUUGAGAAGUUCCAGAGCUAAAUAUGCCAGGACAGGACAUUUACAAGAAUCAAGGAUAAAUCUUAUUAAAAAUACUCUUCGUAAUGCGCCUUUGAUGACAAAAAGUGUGCACUCAUUGAUAUAUCUGAAAUAUGCACGGCACUCAAAAGUUUUUAUAUUACAAAUUAUGGGAAAAUUAAUGAAGUUCAACCGCCAUUAAAAUCACCCUCAAAUGUUGAUCUAAUGAAUAAAUUUGUUGAUCUAUGUAUCGUUGAUGCAGUUAAUACGGAAAUAGAUGCUGUUUAUAGUGUUGAACGAAAGAAAUUUCUCGAAAAGCAAUUGUGUUAUACACCGAUUCCAUAUAGUGAAAUAUUUAUGAAAGAAAAAUCUGUAACAUUAAUAUCUGGAAUAGCUGGUAUUGGGAAAACAUGGUUGCUUAGAAAAUGUUUGCUUGAUUGGUCAAAUGAUUUAAUUUGGAAAAAUGUUAAACUUGUAUUUUAUUUGGAAUGCAGGAGGCUUAAUCAAUGUCAAAAUAUUUCGAAUAUUGAUGAAUUACUAAAUGUUUUCUACAAAGAUAUUAUCAAUGGUUUUAGUAUUAGUAAUCAUACUGCACUGUUUGUAAUAGAUGGGUUAGAUGAGUUUAAAUAUUUAAAUGAAUUCUUAAAUCACAGUUCAAGUUGUAACUAUCCAAUUGUUAAUGCUUUGAAAGAAAUUCAAAAACACAAAUAUAUAGUUGCUGGUAGAGUUUAUGCAAUUGAUCAAUACCAAAAUAUAUCCACAGAGCAUAGUGAUAAGUUAACCAUUCAAAUAAUGGGAUUUAAUAAAAAUGGUGUUAAUAAUUACAUAGAAAAUAAUGUUUUAGAGGAAAAAAAAGAUGUUGUGAAAGCAACUUUGAAGGAGUCUCCGAUUGCAAAAUCCAUGUCAUCUGUUCCAUUUUAUUUAUCUUCUAUGUGUAAAAUUAUUAGUGACUCAAAAAAUAAAGAUAAAAAUUUUUUUUUAACAAUGACAGAUUUGUAUGCAAAUAUUUUUUUAUACUUUUUUCAAAAUCAUAUCAUCAAAAACAAUGAAUUGAUUUAUAAGAUAAUGGAAAACGAUUCCAAUAAGAAAUAUGUUUUAAAUAUUUGUAAAAUUGCAUAUCAUUUGUUGGUUGAAAAUAAAGUAAUUUUUUCCAAAGAAGAUUUUCAAACAUUUAUCAUUGACUUCAAUAAAAAUGAAGAAAUUUUUUUUGGAUUUAUAGAAAGGAUCGAAACGAAUCUAGGUUAUUAUUAUCAGUUUGCACACCUAACAAUAAUGGAGUUUUGUGCAUCUGUAUAUGCAUAUAAUUUUUUAAGUAGUGAAGAAAUUAUGGCUGAUAAAAGACUAGAAAGUUGUUUAUCAAUGAUUUGUGGAUUAACCAAUAAAAGUCAAAAUAGUGUAUUAAAGUUUCUUGUUAAUCUGAAUGCUUCAAAAAAACCUGCCGAAGAUUCUUUAUUUUUGUUUUCUAUUUUAGAUUUUCUACUUAAAUUAUCUCGUCAAAGUGACGAUGGAAACGAUUUUCUACUUAAGUUACAACCUGAAAAUUAUUACGUUAAUUUAUUCAUUGAAUGUUUUUAUGAAAGUCAAUCAUCAUUUUCUGAUGAAAUAAAAUUAAUCGAUGAGUGGACGUUUUCAAUAGACGAUGGAAAAACUUCUUACAAAACUUCUUGUGAAAACUAUUUCGUAAAUCAUUACAUUAAAUCUGGAAGAAAGUUAUCGAGGUUAAGUGUUUAUAAAAAUAUUUUAAGUGAUGAAGAAAAAAAACUUAUAAUUCAAUGUUCAACAAAUGUUCGCGAUGUCGUCUUUUAUUGUCCAAUAAAAUUAGAAGGAUUGAAACCGAAAGAUAAGAUUAAAGGGUUGUUUAUAAACAUCUCAACUGAUUUAAUAACGAAAGAUGAUUUUGAAGAAAAUUUUCUUCCGUGGAUUAAUCUUUGUGAAGGAUUAAUUCUUUCACUUCACAAAGACAUCGAUUUCAUUGAAGAGAUUUGUGAAUGGAUUCGUUGUUUGAAUCUCAAAGAGUUGUUGAUCGUGUACCGUGGAAAAGUUUUUCAUAACCUCGAUAAAUUUAAAAACUUUAUAACGCAGAAAAAUGUUUAAUAUCUUAAAUAUAAUAUAAACAAUAAUUAUAAAUUAAUAAAUGAAAUAUUUAAUAUAUUAUUUCAUACUUGAUAUGUUU